CGCUGCCCUGCCGCUGCAGAGGAGUGACAGACAGCCACACUGGGACCUCACUUUAGAACUUUUUCUCAGAGGGAGUGACAGCUCACCCGGGCUAUCAUCUUAGGUACAGCUGCAAUUUGACCAAGAUGAUGCUCUUCUUCAUCGCCACCUACUCGCAAAAUUAAGGAAAACCUCACAACAAAUGAAAUGUACUCUGAAGAAAUAUCUCAAAGUCUAGCUUGAAUUGUCAAAAUUUAAAUCACACGCUCUUUAGAAAUAUCAAGACUCAACCAUGUCCAAGGAUGACACCUGCAAAGUCACGUCAGCCAGCAAACACAAGGAGCGCAAGCCGAAGAAGCCUCACUACAUCCCCCGACCGUGGGGCAAACCCUACAACUACAAGUGCUUCCAGUGCCCCUUCACCUGCAUGGAGAAGUCUCACCUGUACAACCAUAUGAAGUACAGCCUGUGCAAGAACUCCCUGUCCCUGCUUAUAGAGUCAGAUUGGCCGUAUAAAAAGGGCAACAUCCUGCACCCAGAGCAGCUCCGGCCCUUUCAGCAGGCCCAUGGCCUGCACGCUCCCGGAAAGGAUGAGCUAGAGCAGGUGAUUCGCACUGAGGAAAGGCAGGGUCAGAGGAGGUCUGCAGAGGAGGAUGGCGAGGGCAGAGACAGCCAGGGACCAGAAGAUGAAGAGGGACGAGAAGAGGGACGAGGAGAGGGGGUAGAGAUCGCUGGGCUGAUCAAAGAAAGCUCCGGUGAUAGCGACAGAGGUGAAGCAGCAGAAAGCACUAGGAAGAAAACAAAACAGCCAGAUUCAGAGCUCGAUGACAUGCUCUCUCUCGAAGAUCAGUUUUUACGAGCCCGCUCUGUGGAGGUAGAGGCCCAACUGAGACAUUAUAAGCUAUCAAAGACAUGCCUAACAGCUCCCGGGUUACUGUCGGAGCAGUGGCGGCUGCUGGCAUCCAGCCACACUAAAGCCAAAGCUGAAGGUCCUCAGCCUCGAGUAAAUAAUUCAAUCCCCUGUUACCCCCCACCACCAAACCUGGUGGAUUACCAGGACCCCACUGGGCUUAACCUUUCAGUGCUUGGGGUAGGUUAUCCUAUCAGCCCUGGCCUUUUCUCCUACAUGAACUCAGCUAUUCCCACCGCAGCCUCCGGUGUCACAGCCCAGACCCACGCACAGCUCGCCCAGCUCCCCUUCCUGGCCUCGGCCGCUCAGCUGAUACACCCAGCCUCCAGCGCACACGCAGAUCGAACUCUCAUCCCCCCUCGACUAUACUACCCCUUCCUGUGCGAGCACACAUUCGGACAGGCAUCCAGUCAGACCGACACCAGCAAGCCUCUCAAGACAUCAACAAACACUCUAGAAGCAAGUCCUCUGUCCAGUUUCCAGCCCAAAGUCAAUCUGUGGAAAGUGCCUGCUGUGAGGCCGGGAUCUACCAUCACUCCCGCUGGCUGGGUGUCACCUCAGAGAGACUCCCCUGAUCAGGGCUACAGGCUGGGGGAUAAACUGCAGGCUGCAGCCAAGGAAGGCAGAGCAAGCUGGGGUCUGAAGAGGGCAGGAGCUCCUUUAAGAAACCAAGAGGCCCCUGCGGAGAAGAAGCCAAACUUGGGCUUGACUUUAGACCUUCUGAAAAAUAUUCAAACUGCAUCGACUCUUAAUGUGGGGACAGACAAACUUCUCUUCUCUUCGGACAGUUUGCAGGAUGCUCAUGUUCAAGGUCGGCCCACUGAGCUGUGGUACAACGAUCCUCUCACCAGCCCCACCAGCGAAACAUCUUCUCUCUCAACCUGUGGAAGACCCAACAGCCAGGACUCAGCUGCCGCCAGGACAAUCGGGGCGUCUGAGUCAGUCGCUGCUCUGCUCGGUGACCUCUCCAAGGCGCUGCAGGAGUACCACGAGGCCGAGCGCAAAAUCUCCCACCUAGAGAAGGAAGACCUUCCUGCCCAGAGACAUCUCUGGGAGCACCUUAACAAAAUCCGCAGCGAGCUUUCUCACAUUCACCAGGCUUUGGAGCGAACAGCUCGGCAGAGCGAUGGGCCUCUCGACCUGUCAGUAAAGAGGGACUCGACGGAGUCGAUUGGCGAUCAGAGCAGGAGGGAAGAUGGGGGUCUUAAGGAAAACGCAACUGAGACAGAGGAGGAGGACGAGGAGCUCAUAGAGAGAAGAGAGGACGAGAGCGCGAGGAAGGUGAUAAGGGCUUCACUUGAGAGUCGUAAACAGUCGCUGGACAUGCUGAUCAAGAUGAGUCAGGCGUCAGUGGUGAACACAGAGGUCCUGUCUCCUGGUGGCCUUGGCCUGAGGCCCAGUCCUGCUGAGGCUCUGUGGGCAAGCAGAACCACCAAGUGUGAGGCCGACUCCAGCGUCCUGCUCUGCCCCGACGGCCGAUCAGUAGUGUUCACCGACAUCUCCUCCUCUGCCAAACCCUCAAAGAGACCCCCAUCCAUACAGCGACUCGAAACCCACUGUCCUCCAAGCCCUUUAACAGCUACCGACAACUGAAACUCUGCUUGUUCCUCUGGCUGUAAUAUAACAGAACCCAUCCAGCGGUUCACAUGUAGUUUUGUUUUUGGUUACUGGCAUGCCUCAGACUUUCAUCAGCUGGAAAAAAAAAAAGUCGCUGUGUUUCUCAGUUGUUCACAGAAACAUUUUGCACCGUAUAAAGUAAACAGAGAAUGACUGAAAAAUCUGGAGGAUUUUUUUUCUGAUACACUAAAGGACGU